AUGCCCCGUCCAAACUUCCUCAUCAUCGUCGCCGACGAUCUGGGCUUCUCUGACGUCGGCUGCUUUGGCAGUGAGAUUCGUACGCCCAACAUCGACCGUCUUGCCAAUGAUGGCGUUCGGUUUACUGAUUUCCAUGCUGCUGCUGCCUGCUCACCGACCCGUGCCAUGAUCAUGACUGGCACAGACCACCACAUCGCUGGCCUGGGCAACCUAAUCGAAUGGACAAACAUAUCAGGCCAAAAUGGCCCCAAGGGCUCGCAGAUGAGCACUGCUCCUCAGCGCGGUAUGCCAGGCUACGAAGGCUAUCUGAAUGAGCGCGUUGCUGCUCUACCCGAGCUCCUGCGCGACGCUGGCUACCACACCCUCAUGUCCGGGAAGUGGCAUCUGGGUCUCACGCCAGAGCGAUCGCCGCAUAAACGGGGUUUUGAACGAUCAUUGGCACACUUGCCGGCUUGCUCGAAUCACUAUGCGUAUGAGCCCCAGUUGCAGGGAAAUGAUGAGACGCCCACGUUCUUGGAGGCGAGCUAUAUCGCCCUGCAUACGGAGGAUGACCAUUACGUGAAGAAGUUGCCAGAGGGAUGGUACUCAACAGACGGAUAUGGUGAUAAGAUGGUAGACUAUCUGAAAGAUUGGAAUGAGAGCAAGAAAGACAAAAAAGUCGAGGAUCGUCCAUUCUUUGCUUACCUCCCCUUCACGGCACCACAUUGGCCUCUUCAGGCUCCUCGGGAGUACAUCGACCACUACCGCGGUGUCUACGACGAAGGUCCAGACGUCCUCCGCCAGCGUCGUCUGCAGCGCCUCAAGGAGUUAGGCAUGAUCCGUGAGGAUGUCGAGGCACACCCCGUUGUCGCUGAAGAAGUCAAGGAAUGGAAUGACUACACGCCCGAGGAGCAGAAGCUCUCAUGUACGGCCAUGGAGGUCUACGCGGGGAUGGUUGAGUGCAUCGAUGCCAAUGUCGGCAAGAUCAUCGACUACCUUUCCUCCAUCGACGAACUGGACAACACCUUCGUCUGCUUCAUGUCUGAUAAUGGCGCUGAAGGCGCUGCCUACGAGGCCUAUCCACUUGUUCAAAGCGGCGUUCUUCCGCAUCUGCAAAAAUACUACGAUAACUCACUCGAGAACCUUGGAAAUUACAACUCUUUCAUCUGGUACGGUCCACGCUGGGCACAGGCCGCCACUGCACCAUCCCGGUUAUACAAAGCCUACACCACCGAAGGUGGUGUGCGGGUACCGUUUGUAGCCCGGUUCCCGGGUAGCGUCAACUCGUCCCACGCCCGCAAUCACAGCAUUACUGACCAAUUUGCCACGGUCAUGGAUCUUGCUCCCUCCAUUCUCGACAUGGCGGGCGUCCCCCAUCCUGCCCCAACCUACCAAGGCCGGGAGGUAGUUCCCAUGCGUGGCAAGAGCUUCUAUCCCUGGGCGCGGGGAGAUGCAGCCCGCAUUCACGAGAAGGACUUUAUCCAAGGCUGGGAGACGUGUGGCCGGGCAGCCUUGCGCUUUGGCGAUUGGAAGAUUGUCUAUAUUCCCAAGCCCAAGGGUCCGGAGCGGUGGCAACUGUACAGCCUCGUAGAUGACCCCGGUGAGAUCCACGACUUGGCCGAAAAAGAUCCCGAGCGGUUGCAGCAGUUGCUCAAGUUGUGGGAUCAGUAUGUCCUCGAGACGGGCGUUAUUCCUUUGAAUCCGGAUUUGGGAGAAUUUCUCGAGGCAACUGAAGCGCAGAUGCCUGAGAACGCUUGGAUGGAGUAUGAUUAUUGGAAGAAGGGGGCUCGAGAUGAGCCGGAGAAGUUUAUGCGCAAGCCGGCUAGGUUGCAGCGGACUGUGAAGCAGUUUUAA